AUGCACCACUAUCCCACCCCGCACAACUACAAGGGUGCCCUCGACGUUCACAUCCACCGCAACUUCUUCGAGCACCCGGACGAGGGCGCUGUCGUCGUCACCGACCAUCACCAUCCCCACCCAUCCAUGGAGCCCGCGCACAUGUGGUCUGCAGGCUAUCCCACCUCCUUCCCGACCCCCCCGGGCUCCCGAGGCUCCCUGCUUGAGGAGUUGUACCACGACGACAUUCCCGAACACUCCGUGCCCCAGGACGUGUAUGUCGAUCACCGCCACCAGCAGUCCGCCGAGCCAGGCUUCCACGGAGGCAACUGGUCCGGCAUCGCUCAGACCGCGAACGGCCACCACCACGUCUCGCACGGGAUGCGGCACCCUCACGACAUCGCCAUGACGCGUCGCGCUACCUUCCCUUACGUCCGACACGACCGCGCCGAGCACAUCCCCUACAACACCCCGCCCUUCAUGGGCAGCGAUCACGACUCCGUGAGCUCCUACGGCUCGCGCCCCAGCACCGCCGCCAUGUACUCCGAGCCGCUCUCCCUGGACGGGUCGCCGCACAUGUCCAUGUGCGAGCCCAUGCACCCGGGCAUGGACGAGCCGUUCGCGCACACCGUCCCCAUGAACGGCUCUCCUCACCCCCCCUACCACGAUUUCCACCACCAUCACCCGCUAGACGGUAUCAAAACCGAGGAUGGCGCUAUCAUUGUUCCCUCCCAGAACGCUUGGAGCCGGCCUUCGUCCGCAGGCAUGCAGCCUCUUCCUUGCCUGGUGCCUCACGCCGGGCUUAUGGUCCAGCACACGGAUGACGCCGCGUCGAAGGAGACCCAGUACCUGCGGAGGCGCUGCUUCAACUGCCACACGACGGAGCCGCCGAGUUGGCGCCGUUCGACGCUCAACCCCGGCAAGAUCGUCUGCAACAAGUGCGGUCUUUACGAGCGCACCCACUUGCGCCCGCGCCCGCUGCGCUUCGACGAGCUCCGGGCAGGGAGCAAGACGCGCAAGCAGCCGAAGGUGAACAACUCGCCCAAGGCUGCCAAGGCGCCGCCGCAGAUGAUCAAGAAGGAGCCCACCGAGAUGGACAACGCGAUGCCUCGCCGCGCGUCUGUCUCGUCUUCUGCCUCGUCCGUGCACUCCGCCAGCAGCGACUGGGACGAUUCCGUGUCGGUCUAUUCGGGAGGAUCAAACCCACCCUCGUCGUUCAACUCGCCAUCCGCCUCUACCUUCCCCAUUCCGCGCGAUCCCCACUCGCAGUCCCCUCCUUUGGUCGCCCCCGAAGGCGGCAUUCGCCUGCCUAACGCCCCCCUCUCCGACAUCGCGUCCCUCCAGUCGAACGGCCCUUCGCCGCCUACGCCGCGUAAGGCCGCCACGAUGCCGAUUCCAUACUACCCCUCCUCCCCCGCACAGCAGGGUCAGCAGACCGAUUACUUCGUACGCAGAGGCUCGCUCCCUGUACCAGCGGAGGUGCAGCAGCAGCAGCGGCGGUCAGACGGCCCCAUGCCCGAGGUGACUGGCUGGCAGAGCAUCCCGAUGUCCGAGAUGGCCCCUUCAAAGGCCGCGCGGACGUCGCCACAGCCGAGCAAGACCGUCAUCGCCGCGUAG